CCCAUCCUGCGGCGGCGGCAGCUCUACUGCCGCACCGGCUUCCACCUGCAGAUCCUGCCCGACGGCAGCGUGCGCGGCACCCGCCAGGACCACAGCCUCUUCGGUAUCCUUGAAUUCAUCAGUGUGGCAGUGGGACUGGUCAGUAUUAGAGGCGUGGACAGUGGUCUUUACCUUGGAAUGAAUGAGAAGGGAGAACUCUAUGGCUCUGAGAAACUAACUUCAGAGUGCAUCUUCAGGGAACAGUUUGAGGAAAACUGGUACAACACUUAUUCCUCCAAUGUGUACAAACAUGGGGAUUCAGGGCGGAGGUACUUUGUAGCACUUAAUAAAGACGGUACUCCCAGAGAUGGGGCAAGGUCCAAAAGACACCAGAAAUUCACACAUUUCUUGCCCCGGCCUGUGGAUCCUGAAAGAGUUCCAGAACUCUACAAAGAUGUGUUAGGAUACAGCUGAAGAAAGAGGCAGCUUUGGCAAAAAAGGCCAACUGGAGCUGUUGCCCAUGCUUCCAUGGCAAUGCCAGCAUGAGGAACCUGCAGAGGUCUAAGAUGCUGGAUGUGAAGAACCAACUUGGUGAAA